CUCGGUCCCUCCUCUAUCCUCGCUCACUUCCGCUCGCUUUCGUCCAUCUCUCGCGACGCCGACCGCCAGCCUCCGUCUUCUCCUUGCCGCCUUCCUCUUCUCCUUGACACCGACCGCUCUCGCUGGCCGCCGACCUUCGCCGCGCUGCUGCAUCCUCCCCAUCGCGCAUGUCCUCGGCGCCUCCCUCUUAUCAUCGGGCAUCGUCCACUCCGGCGACCGAGUUCAAGCUGUGAUUUUUCCCCACUCCAGCGGCCGGAUUUGCAGGCGCUCUGCUAGUUUUGCGGUUUUUGUGGAUGGAAUCGGCUGCUGGCGGCGGGGAUCUGCUGCUGGCGACGGCUGAUGGAAUCGGCUGCUGGGGAUGGGAUGAUGCGGGACCAAUUCGUCAUCUCCGGCACUGACGUCAACUACGAGAAACAGCCUCCACCGCUCAACCAGGUAAUAAAAAUAAAGGAAGAAGGAACAACAGAAAACCUUACUUCUUUAGGCAAACUCACGGGAGGAGCACAGCAGCGACCUCCAGGAUCUCAACUUCAGAUUGUUAAAGCAGCACCAACUAGCUCCACUGGUGAGCAGGGCAGAGGAAACACGAGUGCUUGCAUGUUCUUGGUCACCGGAGGAGCUCCGGUGAGGAACUCCAGCGACGGCGAGGGUGGACCUGGACAUCUGGGUAAACCACCAUGCAAUCGAGAGGGAAAAAGGCUCCUUGAGGACCAACUUAUCACCCUGAAGCUAUUUAAUGGCUCGAGGAAUCUGAUGAGCGGCGAUGGCGUCGAGCUUGAGUGGUGGCCGGAGUUGGAGGAGACGGGUUGAUUUUGUUGAUCCACGGCGUCCCAAUAGGCACUCGAGAGGGGGAAAAGGCUCCUAGUCUUAUCUACGUGAAGGGCACACACGUGUGUCCUCCGUAGAGCUCAAGCUCGUCUCCUCUGUCAAUCUCCUGCGAUGUUACCUCUGUGGGAGCUCGAAGCCGAGCACGUUCUCGAACGGAAAGACAUAGGGCGCGGAGGGCGUGGACUUGUAAGAGGAAAACAGAGGGCGCGGAGGCCGGAGGGCAUGUACGAUGCUGAUCUCCUGGUCGACCUCCUUCCUCGCCCCUUUCGGUGGCGGACGGCGGGGCGGACAGGGAAGACAAGUGCCUGGAUCUCAAAAUUAGGGCUAAAAUUAUAGCGUUUUAGAUGUAUUAGGGGGUUUUCGAAAAAAAAACAAAUGAACUAUGCCUUUGGCACCUAAAUCGUGACGGAGGGAGUAUUAUUGUUCCUAUUAGAUUUGUUUUUGCCGAAAACUAUCCUUCAUGUAUUGCUGAUCAGUCGAUCAU